CUUAAUUUCUUGGAGAGGAGGGAUAUUUUUUAGGAUGGCUAAUAAUGAAGAGACAGGUAGCCCAGGUUGGGGUGCUUCGUUUGAAGAUGUUGCAAGAGCUGUUGCUGCUGCGGCUGCUGCUGCCACUGCUGCUUGUUCACCACGGCCAUCUGUGGUAUUUUCGUCGAAAGAUGAUAAUGGUGGUAGCCCAAUACAAAAACUGCAGCGCCAAGUUGCUAGAGUGCUAAAAGGAUUCUCACAGCCAUCUGAAGUGAAAAGUGCAACAUACAAUCCAGAAGUUCUGACUAGCCAAAAGCGCCAAUGGGCAAGCUUUCAGUUGCAAUACUUGGAUCAUAGGUCUUUAAAGGAGCCAACAAAACUUUUUGAGAGCAUGGUAAUUGUAGGGCUUCAUCCUAACUGUGAUAUUCAAACACAUCAUAGGCAAUACAUUGCCAGAAAGUCUGAAGGUUCUGGAAGAUUGAUAAGUGCGCUAAGUUCUCAGAAUCAAUCGCGUGUAGAACCCAACAAUGAACCUCAGAAAAGCAGCUGCCUCUUAAAUACAAAGAUCUUCUUUCAUUUUGCUUCCCUGGAGGCUUGGAGGUUGGGUGUAUGCUUUUUGGGUCAAUUUUUGGAAUGA